AAUCUAUGCAUAAUAGAUUUCUGAAAUUACACAUAGGUUCCUGCCGGCCGCGGCCUAAUUCCAUCCUUGGUGAGCGCUCUGCGACGUGUCCUCAAGUUCUCAGAGCCUGCUGUCAUUCUAAGCCCAGAAUAUAUAUAUAGGUCCUUCUGAAGGCCUAUUCGCCUAUAUUUCUGGGCGAAGCGUUGCAGAAGUAGGACCGAUUCGUGAAACUCCCUAAUUCUAAAAAAUGGGCUACGGUGGCUAUGUCUCGGCCAAGCUUCCGCCACCGAAGCCGAGCGAGGUUGAGGCAGCUGUGCAGGCCGUGAAAUCCAUGGAGGCUGUUGAGAUGAUCCAUAAGCUUGUAUAUAAUUGUGCUGUCCAGCCCAAGGAGGAUAAAUUCCGCAAGGUCCGCCUAGCAAACCCUAAAGUCAAGGCCGUCCUUAGUGAUACACAAGGAGCCGUGGAAGCGCUCACAGCGCUGGGUUGGUCGCUGGAGGAGGCCGAUGGGGAGCCUGUCCUGGUGGUGCCGGCCGGCAAAUUCAUGACUAUGCAGCAGGUGCGCGUGGUAGAGGCGGCGCGGGAUAAACUGGCCAAGGACCUCAAGGACAGCCACCGUCAUAACAACAACUCCAGUCUGCUGGCAUAAACUAGGCUCGUGAACGUGCAUCUGUAUGUGGGCCAGAUCCAGGUUACGACCCCGUGCCGGGCCCCUUGCAUUCCUGAACUCCAAAGCCCUUGUCGUAAGGAAAUGGCUCAACCCAUUUACAUUUUUACUGCUCCGUCGGGCAGUUGGCUUCCCUCCUCCUCUGCGGGAGUUGUGUGCCUGCCUGCCCAAGGACACCGGCUU